AACAUAAUAAAACAUAAUAAAAAGUGUUUGAUUUGAAUUGUUGUUGUGUUGUGUUGCUUCUAGACUUCGAUGUUUUGUUUUGUUGUUUUUAUUUGUCCUCUCAGCUGUUUUAAAAAGUACUACGUACAGUAAUUAUGAUUAUUAUUGUUAUGAUUGUUGUGGUUGUUCUCGUGAUUAUUAUUAUGUUUAUUAUCAUUAUUGUUAUUAUCAUGUCUAUUAUGAUUAUUAUUAUCAUUGUUGUUAUGAUGUUUACAUUCAUGACGAUUGUUCUUGUUACUGUUAUUUUGAGUAUUGUGAUUAUUAUUACUGUUAAUAUUAUUGUGAUUAUUAUCUUCAGUGUGUUGACGUCGCCUCUCAGUGUUUUUCACUUCUCCUCCUCAUGGCUCAUUUCCAUGGCUGCGUGUCUAUAGGCUGCUCAGCCGACUCCUGAUUGGUCAGGAGGACCGUCCCCUCAGAAUGAAGCUCUGCUCUGAUUGGCUCUCUGGUGCCAACCUGCUGUGGAGCCUCUUAUUUUUCCUCCUCUUCUUCUUCUUCUUCUUCUCUCACAUCGUUAUCAUCACUUUUCCUCAGCAGCGGAUCUGAACGAGUGUUUGUGUUGUUUCCUCUGAGGGGAAAGCGAGGAGCGUUUCUUUUCUCACCGAUGACCUCGCUCUGAGUUGAACAUGCAGAGCUCCAAAGGUUUCCAGGUGGAGGACUUCAUCGCGGGAUGGAUCGGAGGAGCUUCCAGUGUGGUGGUCGGUCAUCCGCUGGACACCGUCAAGACGCGGCUGCAGGCGGGGACGGGCUACAGGAACAUGCUGCACUGCAUCCUCACCAUCUACAGGAAGGAAACGCUCGUGGGGUUCUUUAAGGGCAUGUCCUUCCCACUGGCCAGCAUCACCUUCUACAACUCGGCCGUGUUCGGCUUCUUCAGCAACACGCAGAGACUCAUCAGCAAGUACCGCUACGGGGACGGGCGGCAUCCGUGCGGCCUGCUGGACUUGACCGCGGCCAGCAUGCUGACGGGCCUGAUGUCCGUGGGCCUCGGGGCGCCGGUGGAUCUGGUGAAGAUCCGGCUGCAGAUGCAGACGCAGACGGUUCUCGCAGAGAACUUGAAUCUGGCUGGAAACGUGUCGAGCGGCUCCAACAUCCCUCUGCGCUCGGUCAACCUCCCCAGCCAGACGCUGUACCGAGGGCCCCUCCACUGUGUGGGCAGCAUCCUGCAGAGCGAGGGCCUCCAGGGCCUGUACCGGGGGGCCGGGGCCAUGAUCCUGAGGGACGUCCCCGGAUACACACUCUACUUCAUUCCAUACACCAUCUUCUGCAACUUGUUGAAGCCCGAUGCUACGUCAAGUCCUCAUCCUUGUUCCAUCAUGCUCGCUGGAGGACUGGCAGGGUCCAUCUCCUGGGUCACGGCCACGCCGGCCGACGUGGUGAAGAGCCGCCUGCAGGCCGACGCCCACCUGCAGAGGAAGUACAGGGGAAUCGUACACUGCAUCGUCCACAGCUACAGGACGGAGGGAAUACGGGUUUUCUUCUGUGGAGCGUCGGUCAACGCCAUCCGAGGCUUCCCCAUGAGCGCCACCAUGUUCCUGACCUACGAGCUCUCCCUGCAGUUCUUCAGGAGCCUCUAGGACGAAGGACUCUCACUCCGCUCUAGAGCAACAGGAGCCUCCGCAGCUCUGAGACAAGACAUCGACAGCAGCUCACAUUCUGCUGCUCCGGGGUCUGGAGUGAAGUUUGAGCAGAUGUGAAGACUUUGAGGACUUCAGGGUGAAUUAAUGACAGAAUGAGAUUCAGUCUCUUCUGCUCUUCUUGUCCCACGAAGACGGGUUCAUCGAUGCUGCGUCUU